AGUACUUCUCGCGGUACGCGACGUACACAGAAAUUUCGUUCUAUCAUGUCACUGAUUUGUAUUAAACAUGUAACGGUAGGAAAGGAAGGAAAGAUCAUUCUAUUUUAAGCACAUCCGGUAAAGGCAGAUUACCCUCAGGGGUGGGGUCUCCUGUCAAUUUAAGCCAAAGAAGCGAACGAGUUAUGUUAACUUCGUGAGAAAACCAAACUGAUACAAUACAAUCAUGGCACGACCGAUUGUACCCAGUCAACAGAAGUUGGCUGAGAAGCUGACUAUUUUGAAUGACAGAGGUAUUGGAAUGUUAACUCGCAUUUACAAUAUAAAGAAAGCAUGCGGUGAUGCAAAAUCAAAGCCUGGCUUCCUUUCUGAUAAAAGUUUAGAGUCUUCUAUAAAGACAAUUGUUAGAAAGUUUCCUAACAUCGAUGUGAAGGGUAUUCAACCGAUCACCAAUCUCCGCAACGAGAUCAUUAAAUCCCUGUCAUUAUAUUAUUACACUUUCGUUGAUUUACUUGACUUCAAGGAUAACGUCUGCGAACUCCUAACUACAAUGGAUGCCUGUGGAGUUCAUAUGGACAUUACAAUUAAUUUCGAUUUAACGAAAGGCUACUUGGACCUGGUCGUCACGUAUGUCAGUUUAAUGAUACUUCUGUCACAAGUGGAAGAUCGCAAAGCCGUGUUGGGUUUAUUUAACGCUGCCCAUGAGCUAGUGCACAGUCAAUCCGAUCCCAGUUUCCCUCGUUUAGGACAGAUGAUAAUGGAUUACGAUGCGCCAUUGAAAAAGCUCUCGGAAGAAUUUGUUCCUCAUGCCAAAUUGUUGAAAACUGCUCUCACUUCGUUGUGGCCUAUUUAUCCAGAGAGGAACAUGUCUGCGGAUACAUGGAGAGCUGAUCAAAAGCUCAGCCUCGUCGGUAGCCCUGGACAGAUACUUAAAGCAGCAGCGACUGACACAAUGUCCUGCGAAACUUUGAGUUUAGAUAGAAUAGAGAGAUGGAUCAUUCUGGGCUUCACGUUGUGCCACACUUUCUUAAACCAAGAACAGCCCAGUAAACUGUGGACCACAGCUUUGGAAUCGGGCUGGGUCCUGGCUUUAUUCAGAGACGAAGUCAUUUACAUACAUCAGUACAUACAGACAUUUUUUGAAAGUAUAAAAGGGUAUAGUAAAAGAGUAUCAGAAGUGAAAGAAUGUUAUAGCCAAGCGGUGCAGAAAGCUGGUUACAAACAUAGGGAGAGAAGAAAAUUCUUAAGGACGGCAUUGAAAGAACUGGGUUUAAUAUUGACCGACCAACCUGGCCUUUUGGGCCCAAAAGCGCUUUUAGUUUUAAUGGGACUUUCUCACGCGAGGGACGAAGUACUGUGGCUUCUACGACACGGCGUGAAUCCUCCGACGCAGGGAAAGAGUAAAGGAAGAGGAGGAGAGGAUCUAGUAGAUCGUCAAUUGCCAGAAUUAUUGUUUCACUGCGAAGAAUUGAGAGCAUUGGUGAAAAAGUAUUCCCAAGUGCUUCAAAGGUAUUACGUACAGUUUUUGUCAGGGUUCGAUGCGCCCGCUUUGGAUCAAAUGAUACAAAACCUCCCGGUUUGCCCAGAGGACGAAGGUGCGAUUCUCAGCGAUAUGUGUUCAAAGAUAGCCAGCCUGACAGUAAAACAAGUCGAAGAGAACGAACUGUUCGAUUUCCGUGCGUUCAGGCUGGAUUGGUUCAGAUUACAGGCGUACAUGUCUAUCACUAAAUGUAAUAUGAAUUUAGCUGAUAAUAGAGAGUUAGCGUCGUUCAUGGACACCGUAGUAUUUCAUACAAAAAUGGUAGAUAAUCUGGACGAGAUGUUGGUCGAAACGUCCGACCUAUCUAUCUUCUGUUUCUACAGCAAAGUGUUUGAGGAUCAAUUUCACAUGUGCUUAGAAUUUCCAGCUCAGAACAGAUACAUCGUCGCGUUUCCAUUAAUAUGUAGCCACUUUCAAAGUUGUACGCAUGAACUCUGCCCGGAAGAACGUCAUCAUAUACGCGAGAGAAGUCUGUCCGUUGUGAACAUGUUUCUCGAUGAAAUGGCCAAAGAAGCGAAAAAUAUUAUUACGACUAUCUGUGAUGAACAGUGUAACAUGAGCGACAAACUGUUACCGAAACACUGUGCGUUAUUGAUAUCCCAAGUUGUAAAUCGAAAGAAAAAGGAUAAGAAUAAGAAAAACAUGUACGAGAUUCAAAAGCCUGGUAUAGAAAGUUACAGGAAAACCAGAGAGGAAUUAACAACGAUGGAUAAACUGCAUAUGGCAUUGACGGAGCUGUGUUAUGCUAUUAAUUAUUGUCCGACGAUUAACGUGUGGGAGUACACUUUCGCGCCAAGGGAGUAUUUGCAUCAGCAUUUGGAAUCGAGAUUUGCCAGAGCACUUGUCGGCAUGGUCAUGUACAAUCCGGAUACUAACGAAAUAGCGAAACCGUCGGAACUCUUCGUCAGCGUCAGAUCUUACAUGAACGUUCUCCAAACGGUCGAGAAUUACGUGCACAUAGAUAUCACGCGCGUGUUUAAUAACGCGCUUCUUCAACAGACCCAAGAAUUGGACAGUCACGGUGACAAAACCAUCGCCGCUCUGUACACGCAGUGGUACUCGGACGUCCUGUUAAGACGAGUCAGCACGGGAAAUAUUUGUUACUCGAGCAAUCAACGAGCGUUCGUCAGCUUGUCGGCGGAAGGAGCGAUACCCUUUAAUGCGGAGGAAUUCUCGGACAUCAACGAGCUGAGAGCGUUAGCUGAAUUGAUCGGACCGUACGGUAUGAAGAUGUUAAAUGAAAAUUUGAUGUGGCACAUAGCCAGUCAAGUGCAGCAACUGAAGAAGUUAGUCGCCGGGAACAAAGACGUCCUCAUCGCGUUGAGAACGUAUUUCGAUAAACCAGAAAUUAUGAAGGAACAGUUCAAAAAGUUGCAGCAGGUGGACAACGUGCUGCAACGAGUUACGAUUAUAGGCGUGAUCCUGAGCUUCAGACAAUUGGCACAAUCCGCGUUGGUCGACGUGUUGGAAGAACGCAUACCGUUCCUUUUGAGCUCGAUUCUAGAUUUUCGACAUCACUUACCAUCCGGCGAUCCCAUGCGCGUGGUUUCAGAGAUGACCUCGGCAGCCGGUUUAUCUUGCAAAGUCGACCCGACGCUGACAACAGCGCUUAGAAGCCAAAAAUCCGAGGUCGACGAGGAUGAACAUUCACUCGUCUGUCUAUUAAUGGUUUUUGUGGCUGUCUCUAUUCCGAAAUUGGCUCGAAACGAGAACUCCUUUUAUAGAGCGUCUUUGGAGGGUCAUUCUAAUAACAUACAUUGCAUGGCGACGGCAAUAAAUAAUAUCUUCGGUGCGUUAUUCACUAUCUGCGGACAAAACGAUAUAGAGGAUCGAAUGAAAGAGUUUCUUGCCUUGGCGUCGUCCAGCUUGCUGAGACUGGGUCAGGAGGCGGACAAAGACGCGAUCAGAAACAGGGAAUCUGUGUAUCUGUUGUUGGAUCAAAUAGUCCAAGAAUCGCCGUUUUUAACGAUGGACCUGCUAGAAAGCUGCUUCCCGUAUGCACUGAUACGUAAUGCAUAUCACGAUGUGUACAAGCUUGAACACUCGCAGCCGUAAAGUCGUCGACCGAAAAAUUUCUAUCUCUAGUUUGUCACUCAGGGUCGCCCUUUUUUACGUCCAUUAUAUCGAAUACGGAAUCAAAUCAUUUUAUUGACUGUUUCUAGCGAAAAGGAAACUAUGAAAGUGGCGGAACAUUCUACUUGCAAUACGUAUGAUUAAUUCCAUUCAGUUCUAUGAACGAAUUAAAUUCGAGGUACAAGUCUGUUUCGAGAUGUAUUUAAAAUACCCGGAAAAAGAAGACAAGAUAUUGUUAAUUUAUUUAAAAUAAUGCAUUUCGUAUAGGAACCGUAACUCAUACUUCAUAUUUGAUACCUGGCAUGGAACAUCUGAUAAUAAACAAUAACAGGUUUUUCAGUAUUCUACUAUGCAUUAUCUCUGUAUGUAAAGAAUGUUUUAUAUCGCAGGUAAAUCGUAAGAAACUCCUCCAGAUCGAAAUACACGUAUCGUAAAAUAGGCAUCAUCCAGUCUGCUACAUUUUCUAAUAUACAAUUGUAACUUUUACAAUAGUUUAUAAAAUAAAUAAAAGUAUCUAUAAA